AUGGGGAUCAUCACUGACCAGUGCAUGGCGAUGGCUGGUGCUAUUAGGAAGGUCUUACCUGAUACUGUCCACAAAUGGUGCAUCUGGCACAUAAUGAAGAAAUCACAAUUCAAACUCGGUGGCUACGUUAGGUACAGAGAAUUGAGUGCAAUGAUGAAUUAUAUUGUGUGGAAUUCUCCUUUGAACCUUUAUGCAAAUCGACAGAAGUGGGUUCCAAUAUUCUUCAAGAGUGAAUUUUGGGCCGGCAUGAGGAGUACACAGUGUAGUGAAAGUAUGCACGCAUUUUAUGGUGGAUUCCUGCAUUGCAAGAGUGAGUUGGUUCAGUUCAUUCAUGAAUACGACAAUGUGCUUAGAAACAAGGAGCAAAAGGAGCUUGAAGAUGAUGCUACCGACUCGAAAGGAGUCAUCCCAUGUAUAUGGAGCACAGGCAUUCAGAGACAGUUUCAGCAGGAAUAUACCAGUAAUAUGUUCAGGACCCUUCAGCUGGAGGGAGAUACAAUUUGUAUUAAAGUGGACGAGCAAAAGGUAUUUUGGGGGAAGCCUGUCUACCAUACUUUCAUAGUAGAGUUUGACCCUUUGAGUCGAAAGAGUCGGUGUAAUUGCAACAAGAUUGAAUCCGCUGGUAUAUUGUGCUGCCACACCCUUGCGAUGUGGUCAUACUACAGAGUUGACACAGUACCGAGUUGCUAUGUUCUUCCUCGAUGGAGUAAGAAUGUCAUCCGCAAGCACACUUACAUUAAGAGUAGGCAUGGCGUGGCUCGGAGUGAUGAAAGCCACAACUUGUUCAGGCAUCUGUGUUCAAAGUUCUAUAACGUUGCUCAGGAGUUUGUUGCUUGUGAUGAGGAAGCAGCCAUCUUGCGAGCUGUCCUUUGGGAUGCAAAGUCCAAGCUGACUGAUUACCGUGCCAACAUGCGUUCCACUACUCUUGAUGCGACUCAAAAUACCAUGCCCACACAAAGCACAGGUGGUGUUAUUGAUGAUGUUGACCUUCAGACAGAUAAUGAUCAUGAUGGUUCUGUAAAUAAAAUAUUUGAGGAUUCUACUAUAUGGAAUUCAUCGGAUGGUGGUGGAUUCAUGCACCUGUUGAACUCUUUUAAGCAUAUAUAG